AUGUUUGAGAUGGAGAGUGUGACUCGUAGAUUCGCAUCCGCAGUUGUUACAGCUGUCACGGGGGCUGUACCUGAGCUGUCACAGGUUCCCGCCCCCCACCAGUCCACCACCCAAAAAACCUCGCCCCGAAUCUCCCACAGUUUCCCACUGCACCACCAUCGCCAACAACCCAGUUCGCACCAUUUCAUCCUUCAGUUGGCUUGCAUGCGUUAUAGCCAACCUCGGGCGGUCACCGACGAACAUUGUUUGAGCGAGCUUACAUUAAUUUAA